UGUGUCGUCUAGAAUCAAUUGCCGUCACAUCCACUUUUAAAAAAAAAUAAGUAUUUGAUCUCUAUGGAAUCGGUUUUUAAUUUCAAACAAAUCCAAUAAACUAUUCUUGUCUCAACCCCGCUACAUCCCGAGCAAUUUGAGUCUUUAAAUUGCGUUUCGUUCUAAACUCCGCUACAUCCAUCACCACUCAUUAUUAGUCGCCGCCACAUCCGCAUUGACCAAUCAGAACACUGCAUUUGGAGAAAAAACUGUCAUGGCGUAUUGCGGUUCACAAUGGCUGACAAAGCAUUUGUUCUGUAAUUUUGUGCUUUGUUUUUGUUAAUUAUAAAACAAACAAUGGCUGAUUUAACAAUAAGAAUUGAACCUGUUGCUCCUGAGCAUGCAAGGAAGCGAGGCGUUAACAAAGAAAACUGGAAAAAGGAGAAAAAACGAAGAGAACAAUAUUCUUCAAAACGCUUUCCAAGUGCUCCAAAAUGCCACCACAAAAAUAAUAAAACAUUUACCUGUUCUACAUUAAAAAUGCAAGACAUAGCUCGUAUGCACCGUAAGUUUUUCAAAUUAAAAAGUAAAAUAGAUCAAGACAAUUUUAUAUUACAACACUGUCGUUUCAACAAAUGUGUGAGAACAAGACUGGUAGAUCAAUCUAGAGGCCCAAAAAAUUUGAGCGUUGAAUACUACGUAACUAUAAAAAACCCUCACAAAAAUGUGAGAGUGUGCAAAAAUGCAUUUUUAGAAAUACUUACAUUAGGAAAAGAUAGAGUAAUGGGGGUUAUUCAAAGAUCUUUUAAAGAUGGAGGCAGUAUCGCCAAAGAAAAUCGUGGUGGCAGUCACAAAAUAGCACUUUACGGAGAUAAACAAAGAAAUGUGCAAGAAUUUAUUGAGUCCUUCCAAGCAGCUGAACCACACUAUUGUAGAGCUAAAUCAUCGGUAAGACUGUAUUUACCUCCAGAAUUGAAUAUAAAAAAAAUGUGGAAAUUAUAUCAAGAUACAAAUCACUUGCAAGUAAAAGAGUCUUAUUUUAGAAACAUUUUUAAUAGAAAGUACAACAUUGGUUUUGGUUCACCCUUGAAGGAUACAUGUUCUCGGUGCUCUGAGUUGACAAGAAAAAUUGAAUGCGCCUCUACAAGCCAAGAUAAACAACGACUUCAAACAGAGAAACGAGUACAUACUUUAAAAGCCAAGGCAUUUUACAAUCUGCUGAAAACUGAGCCUGGAGAUACUAUUUUGCUAUCAUUUGACUGUCAGAAGAACAGCGCUCUGCCGAAAUUGCCUGAUCAAGCAGCUUAUUUUAGCCGACAAUUUAAUAUGUAUAACUUUACCAUAGUGGUUGGAACUUCAAAAUCCCCGUUAACAACGAAUAACGUGCAUUCCUAUUACUGGUGCGAAAAUGAGCAUUCAAAAUCUUCUAACGAAAUAGCGAGUGCAGUAUUUCAUAAAUUGACUACUCUGGAUAUUCCUGAAAUUAAAACAAAAUUAAAACUAUUUGCUGAUGGUUGUGGUGGCCAAAACAAAAACACCACUCUUGUAGGUAUGUGCACCAAAUGGCUCUCUUCACAUGCGCCACCGCAAGUAAAGCAGAUUGAAAUAGUUUUUCCAAUGGUUGGCCAUAGCUUUUUACCACCAGACAGAAUAUUUGCGAAGAUCGAAAAAGAAACCAAAAAACAGUCCAUAAUAUGUAAUCCACAAGAUUAUGUAAAUGUUUUCAAAAAACAUGCGACUGUUUACCAUUUAGGAGAAGAAGUUGAAGUUUACAAUUGGAAGGAUGAAGUCUCAAAAACCAUAAAACCCCCGGGAAGUUGGCAUUUCAAAUUUAACCCAUCUAAACGAUUUAUAAUUAGUAAGGGACGACAGAAUGUGAGCAUUCAAGGAGAAGAAAAUUAUCGGAAUGAAUUUAAUAAACCAAAAUAUGUGACUAAAAGAGGAAAGAGAUGCUCCGAAAUUGAGCCUGCCAUAAUACGAAAAGGUAAUAAAGUGAAGCUAAGCAAAAUAAAAGAUGUCACUAACCUUCUAAACAAACAUUAUGGUGAAGACUGGAGGACUUUAGACUUUUUAAAAUACUACAAGGAUAUUGAAGAGACCAAUGAAAAUUUUGAAGAAUGUGAGGAUCUGCAAUGUGUUCCUUUAGAAGAAAAUGAAAAUUUUAUAUAAUUGUUUUUGGUUCAAUGAUCAAAAUUUAUAAUAAUACAACUAUUUCCUACUGUUUUUAAUAAAGUUACUCGCGUUACAUAUUAAAUUUACAAUGUUUUAUUACUUUUAAGAACAACCUGUAUAGUCAUUGAAACUAAUGGGUCUUGAGUACCAAUAUCCGCCACAUCCAUCACAGUAUGUAUCAAAAACCGCCAGAUCCGUAACUCAAUAUCAAUAUCCGCCACAUCCUUUAUUUAAAAACACAAAUUAAUUUAAAUUUCUAUAAUAUAAACAAAAACUAAAAUAGUUAGUUAUUACAAUCAGUUUUACUUAUUUUAUUCCAAAUUAACACCAGAAAAUUACCAAAGUAACAAG